UUCUGACAAUUGACCAUAACUAGCUUCACUUAUUCCCAAAUUAUAAUAAUGUCGCUUCAAAGAUUCGGAAGGCGACCCCUGGCUGGAUUCGCCGCUCAAUCUUCAUCACUUACCACCCGACUCUUCUCUGUCUCGACCGCAUUCCGAAAUGCCUCCGUUUCCGCCCCCGGAACAACGCCAAAGAAGCCUCACACCAUUGAUCCACGAUGGCUGACCAUGACCAAGCGAAGAAUUGGCAGAUGCAUGAUGUUCGGCUUAAAGCCCCCGCAGAUUCAAGCAGCCGGGGAGAUCCUACAGCAGAUUGCAAGGGAUUGGCGAGAAUUGAUCGCUGGCAGCGAAGGCUAUUUGACAGAUGAGACACGAAGGGGGCUAUUUCAACAGAGCGUUGCGUGGGGAGAGAUGGACAGCAUGGGACAUGUGAACAACGUUACAUACCCCCGAUAUGCAGAGACGGCGCGCGUGUACUAUACCCGCAACUUUGCCAUGCAUAUAGACCCGGCCCAUAAGACAGAGUGGAUGAAUCUUGUCAGCUCAAAGGGCAUCGGACUCAUUCUUCGAAGCAUCAAGAUUGACUACAAAUUUCCCAUGACCUACCCUGAUAAAGUUACGGUAUAUCAUAAGCUGGUUCACGAUCCGACAUCCCCUGAUGCACCUCGUCAUGGGUUCUAUCUCCAUGCGAUGAUAGUCUCCGAGGCUCGCCAACGGCCCGCUGCCCGCGUUUCCGAGGACCUGGUCAUUUAUGACUACAAGGCAAUCAAAAAGGCGGAGCUUCCACCGUUUAUCAUGGAACAGUUCAAAUCCACCUGGGAUCUUCAAGAGAAAGCUAAGAGAUACUGGCAGGAGCGCAUCCUUGAUAUAGAAACGAGGGUCCGCACAUUGGAAACAGAGAGCUGGGACCGGGAAGAUGCGGUCGAGGAUACCGGAUCUGCGAAGCAGUGAUGUAGCAGGCUGACUUCCCGCUUUCGGGCAACUUUGCAGACCGACAGAUCUAAGAUCGACAAUGUACAUAGUAAAUGAGGAGGAUCGAGCGUAGGGCACUGGCAUAGAUUCUGCUACCAAGCGCGUACUGUAAGCACAGGGGUGCGGUAACGUAUGGAAGCUUACUGGUAAUAUAUCUAUCUACACGG